AUGACGAAAGCGGAGGUGACGGUGCUGCAUGCAGCCGCGGAGAUGGAUAUUGUAGCUGAGAAAGAGAAUGAAACGAGAUAUCUUCUCAAUGGCGGCAACGCGAGUAGCGUUAAGGUUGGCUCCGAUGUUUAUGUUAACGUAAAUGGAAAGGACUCCGAUAAUGGAGUUGCGGUGGAGAAACCUGUUGAAGAAAAAGGAGGGUAUGUUAAAGAAAAAUUAGGGGAUGGAGAUGAUUGUUUGGCUAAUGGUAUAGCUAAACAAUCUGCUUCGGAAGCUGCUGUUGUUAUUGAUUCCAGUGUUGAACAGAGUGAUGAUAAAGUCGAUGAUUUGGUUAAUGGUGUAUCUACGGAUGAUGAUGCUACACAUAAAGUCUCUGUUAACUCCAUUAGUUCGAAUCCUAUAGUCUCUGUUGGUGGAAUGUCGUUUGUAGUUGAUGUUCAAAGUAAUCAAUAUAGUGGUAAUCUGGCUGAUUUGGAGAUGGCUUCCAAACUGGUUGGUAAGUCUUUGGACGUGGUUUCGGGUUUGAAAUCGGAAACGAAUGUUAGUUCUGAUUCUAUAUCGGUUGUAGAAAGUAAUCCUGCAGAGAAAACUUGUGGUGUUACAAACGGAGGAAUUCAGUUUGGUAGUUUCGACGACAAGGCUGAAAGGGAAACACCGUUCAACUACAUGAUCAGGGUCCCGAGAAACGACGAUGAAAGGUUGAAAGUAAUGAUAAGACUUGCUCGAAAUAAGGUUGAUGAGAAGAUUCGAAUUCAACGUAUGCUUCAUAUCGAUAUGCAAAGCACGUGGGUUACUUCUGAGGAAUAUCGCAAUGAUUUUAGUGAUGCUGCAUUUCAAGAACAAGUGGCUCGAGACUUGCAUAGGUCCAAAUGUCAGGAAAUAGAGUGGAUGCAAUCCGUGAUUGAUAUUGAAGAUAUUGAAGUCAAGAUACGAAACAUGGAAUGGACAAUACAACACCAAACUCUACCGCUAAAGGAUGAAAAGCUGUCAUCUACCAUGAGUAGACAGGAAGAAAAUCAACAAGGUUUGGACCGGAAAGAGCGUCUGAAGUCUUUAAAGAAGGAAGCUGAUCAAUUGAGAGCCAACCUCAUAAACGCUGUGGCGAUCACUGAGGUAACUAGGAGGAAAUACUAUAAGGAAAGCGAAAAGUUAAGCGAAUCGCUGUACCUGCUCAAAGCUGCAGAUGACAACCAAGAAGAAGCGUAUGCACAGCUGCAAAGUUUGAAGAAACAAUUAUAUGAGAAGCAAAUUCAGUUGUUUGUUCUGCAAGCCUCGAGCCUUGGUGCUGAAGCUUCUGUUGAAUCUUGCUUAAACUUAGCUCAUAAUCCCAACAAGAACCAACACUUUCGACAGUACAGGGAUGAAUUUAUUAAAGCGAAUGAGUUGGGUUGGAAAGGGGAUAAAGUGGCACUCCAAAAUUUUUGUAUUAACCAGGUGGAGAAAUUUAUGGACUUAUGGAAUAACAACGAUGCAUUCCAAAAAGAAUAUGUUAGAUGCAAUGAAAGGAGCACACUUUGGAGACUGAGGACAUUAGAUGGCCGUUCACUUGGUCCUGGUGAAGUGCCUCCUGUAAUUCCACAAGCAGUAAAUGGAAGAGAGGUCAUGGAUCAUACAAUGUCCGGCUUAAAUUUGGAAGGUCGAACACAAGAGGAAGUAGCGGUGGAAAAAGCUGUAAAGGUACUUGCGGCAAAGGUUGUGGAGCAAAAGAAAGGCGGAAGAAGAGAAGCCGGAGGGAACGAGGAGGAGGAAUCGGACAGGAAGGCAGAGGAAUUGAGAAAGGAAGAGGAAGCGGCUAAAUUAAAGGAGCAACGCCGGUUGGAGGAGAUAGCUAAAGCUAAGGAAGCACUAGAAAGGAAGAGGCGAAUGGCGGAGAAGGCCGAAGCUCGAGAGGCUAAACGAGCUGCGAAUGAAGCCGUCGCUAAACCAUCACAAAACUCCCGCGACCUUCACAUCUCCUUAAUGAAUGUUAAGAUAAGAAAUAUAUCGAGAUGCCUCGUCGAAAAUGCAAAGGUUGUGGAGCAAAAGAAGUUUAUGCAAUCUGCUCCUACAGAAAGUGUUUCAGCAACUGCUUCUAAUGGGGAUAAAAUCGAAGAGGCCGAAGAAGAGAAGCCGAAGGGAACAGAGGAGGAGGACGAAUCGGACAGGAAGGCAGAGGAAUUGAGUAAGGAAGAGGAAGCGGCUAAAUUAAAGGAGCAACGCCGGCUGGAGGAGAUAGCUAAAGCUAAGGAAGCACUAGAAAGGAAGAGGCGAAAGGCGGAGAAGGCCGAAACUCGAGAGGCUAAACAAGCUGCGAAUGAAGCCGUAGCUAAACCACCAUAA